AGUGCGCGCUCCUCCCGCUCGCGCUCAGAUUAAUUUACAGACCCUCAAGCCCGUAGCGCAUUUACCGUUAUCACUCCGUUCCUGCGAUACACAGUGAAAAUGGGCCAGAUAGGCGUCUAGUCUCGUUUAAACGCUCAAAGAAGAGUUUCUUCUGACCUUGAACACGGAUUUUGUUUCUUACUGGAGUUACUAAAGAGCGGAGGACGCGUAAAAAUGAAGUACAAAAAUCUAAUGGCUAAAGCCCUUUACGAUAAUGUCCCAGAAUCUCCAGAAGAGCUGGCUUUCCGGAAAGGCGACAUCCUGACCGUCAUCGAGCAGAACACUGGCGGUCUGGAGGGAUGGUGGCUCUGUUCGCUCCACGGCCGUCAGGGCAUCGCACCCGGCAACCGCCUCAAACUGCUUAUCGGACCAAUGUUUGAAGGACAGAUGCCUGCAUCCCCCUCCCCUCCACAGGGUCACUCUCUCCAGCCGAGAGAGUCACACCUCACACCUCAGGGUGUGUACCAGGUGCCGCCUUCCCACCAGAGUCCGCAGGGACAGGGCAUCUACCAGAUCCCUCCAUCUAAAGAUGUGUACCAGGUUCCACAGAGAAGCGCACAGAAAGCUGAUGGGACUCCCAGCAAGGUGGUGACCCCAAUCCGCGUAGGGCAAACAUACGCUUACAGUCCUGUGGCAGAUUCAUCUCAUGACCUCUACGAUGUUCCUCCAAUUCGUCAACAGGGGGUGUACGAUAUUCCGGCGAGUAAACAAACUGGACAGCACGGCAUCCCCAGAGCCCAGGGCCUCUACGACACCCCCCCUUCCCAGGACCUGCGAUCAAAAGGACUGUAUGACAUACCGCCAACAUCACAAGGGGUGUACUCCACGCCACCUAGCAAGAAUAACAUUGCACAAGAAGAAGGGAGUUACGACUUUCCACAGCCUUCGAAGCACAAGCAAGAAGGUAUAUAUGACGUUCCACCACCGUCACUCUCCAAAGGUUCCCCAUGCUCCAACUAUGACUUCCCGCCCAGCUCUGAGCCAAUGUCCCGCAAGGGCAUGAACAACAGCGCUGGCAUCUACGACGUUCCCGCCAGCCAACUAGCCACAGGUGGAUCUCAGGACUUGUAUGAUAUUCCACGUGGAAUGCCGCAGAAUCGACACACUUCUUCUGAAAGAGACAGAAAUAAAUCAGUUUACGAUAUUCCUCCAGGAGACACUCGCUUACUCGGUGACGUGACCGAAGGUGUCAACCGCUUGUCGUUUUCCAGCACGGGAAGCACUCGCAGUAGCAUGUCGACCUCCUCUUCUUCCGCCGGAUCGCCCGCCGAGGGCCGGCUAACAUUGGAUCUAGACUCUGCGGUCCAGAGAUUGAGUCGUCUUCAGCAAGGUCUGGAGUCUUCAGUUUGUGCGCUGCAAACUCUUGCGUCAUCGCCUCACUGGCGAACGUACAGCUUCAUGGAGCGUCACACCAACGAGGUCCGCGUUUCAUUGGAGCGCGUCAAGUGUGCGCUCUCAGAUUUUCUCGUAUUUGGCCGUGGAGCGGCUGCGAAUGGCACCACGUUGUCCGAUCCAGGAUUGCACUCCAAGUUGCGACGCCAGUUGCAACGUCUAGAAGAUUCCCAUCAGAUUCUUCAACAAACACACCAAACUUUAGAAAACAAUUGUUGGGCCCUUAAUAUCCUAGUAAUGGGUGCCAAACAUCAGAACAAGAGUGACGAACUGGAACGUUUUGUAAUGGUGUCACGGACAGUGCCUGAUGAUGCCAAGCAGCUGGCUUCAACAAUAGGGGGCAGUGCUGAGCUGCUUUUCCGAAGAGCACCAAUAGAAGGCAUCGUUCACCCCUUUACUUGCACCCCAACGGAGGAUGACAGCUACGGAGCCAAGACCAAACCUUUCCCCGUAUCUCAUGACAAAGCAAACAUGAACAGAGAGAAGUGCGUUAAAAGCUGGAUGGAAGAUUAUGACUACGUCCAUCUACAGGGAAAAGAUGAAUUUGAACGUCAACAGAAGGAACUUUUAGAGAAGGAGAACAUCACCAAACAAAGCAAAGUCCAACUCGGACAAGAACAGCUGAACCAGUUCAAACAGCUCGAACAGGAAGUGAUCAAACCUGUAGAGAACGACAUCACCAAAUGGAUCUCCCACCAACAUUCAACAGGCUCCUCCUCCUCAUCUUCAGACUCCUCCUCUAAUUUCUCCAUGGGAGGCGGAGCUCCGAUGUGUUUGCGUGAUCGCCAACUGUUGGGCUUCUACGCGGACCAAUGCGAACAGCACUUUGUGACACUGUUGAAUGCAGUAGAUGCUUUUUUCGGCUGCGUAAAGGCUGGGCAACCUCCACGAUUCUUCGUUGCGCAUGGCAAAUUCGUCAUUCUGAGUGCCCACAAACUUGUGUUUAUCGGGGACACUCUGUCGAGACAAGCCUCGGCGGCUGAAGUGGCGAAUCGCGUCAUGAACUUAAGCAACAUGCUGUGCGAGAUGUUAAAGACAGUCGUGGGCGCCACCAAAAUAGCGGCCCUUCACUAUCCCAACACGGCUGCUGUACAGGAAAUGGUAGAUCGCGUGACGGACCUCUCGCACUUGGCACAACAAUUUAAAGUGCAGCUCUCGCAGAUGGCGGGAUUGUGAUGUCAUCAGCAUGAUGUCAAUUACUUCUGAACAAAGACUGUCAGUUUAACAUAUAUAUUUAUACUUCAAUAGAUGCAUCACUGAAAGUUGUCUUUUGUAAAUAGUCCUGCUUUCUGUAAAUAUUUGGCUCUAUAUUUUGUGUAGAUUUGUUUUAUAUAAUAAUAAUGAUAAUAAUAUUAACUGAAUGAAUAGAAAUGAUUGAGACUUGCAUUUGUAGAGUGACUGAUAACAUUCCUGAUCGUUUUGUGUAUUAGGCACCUUACAAGUUGUCCUUAACUGCUAAUUAUUGUUUAUUGCUGAACGCCAGAACCUAAAAAAAAGGAAAUAGUUUGUUUUGAAAAUGUGCUGUAUUGUGUGACCAGAGAACAAAGUAAAACAUUUCUCUGUCUUUGUUAUAAAAAUUGUUUCACUUGUUUUUGUUUGAAUAUUCUGGUAAGGGAAUCUCACAAAAAAAAAUGUUCCAGGUCAUAUUUUACCCCAAAAUCAAAAAGAAAUCACAUUUAGUUGAUGCUUACUUUAGAAUCAUUAAUAUUUUCUGCAUUGUGGCAUUUUUUUUUUUACAAUGAAACACUGUUUGUAUUACUGUACUGUAGAAAAAAAAUGCAUUUCAUUACUGUAUUAUGACAAAAAUAAAUGUACAUAUACAAAUAUAUACAACACAUAUAAAGUAUUUUAACAUCAUGGCAGUAUUUGUUUUACUACUUUUAUGCUUAUUUAAAAAUUACUGAAUAACAGUAUUUUAUUACAGUAAAAAAAAAUAUAUAUAUAUUUGUGUUUUUAUUAAAAUGUCACAAUGCAAUAAUUAAAAAAAUCUCAAUGCAGCCAAAAAUCAUUUUUCUUCACAUAAAAUGUUUCUUUUCGUGGUGAAAUGUGACCCAAACAUGUUUCCGUGAGAUUCAUUCUGCUAUCGCAGCAUAGCUAACCAGGUAAACCAUGUUAAACGAACGUGAAAUCUGGCAGAAGCGAGGAAGAUGUUUUCCCAAGAGCUUUCACCCCUCCAUUAACAUAACUCAAUGUCCCACCGAUCCAUAAUUCCCAAAGUAUUAUCAGAUGAUCCAAUUGGACAGAUAUAAUCUGAUAAAAAAAGACCUUAUGGAUGCAAGCGUCCCAAACCAUCUCUUUGGACCUUAGUGACUAAUACUUUCCAUUCCAGGCUGUAAUGAAAUGAGCAUGUAUCAUGGCUCAUGUGGGUUAGCGAUGAUGAGAGGCCAUGCAAAGGGGACUGAAGAGUAAGACGAGCACAGUCUGAACAGAGUGCCACACCAUAUUAUCAUUAACAUUAACCUGCUGGAACAUUCGGAGCACCACAUGUCUGCCCAAUCUAAUUUGGUAGGUUUUUUUUUUUGCCAUCAUACGAGUAAUUCGGCCUUUUCCUCAUCUAACAAUGUUUUUAACAGAUGCACAUGAUGAUUUAGCAUGUGGCCUGCGGUGAGAUGAAGGACAUUAGCUCAUGCAGCAGGUGCUCUAUACAACUGUGCACCAGUUUCACCAAACAUUACCAGUGGCUAAUGGGCAAAUUUUUUGAUGGAUCAUUCCCUGCACACUGCAGGCACAUAAUAGAGACAUUUGUUACAUACAGCAGCAUUAUAUUGUUUUUUUUGUUGUUGUUUUUUAUGUAACAAAGGAAUAAUCCAGAUUGUGUACAACAUACUAUGGUUUGCAUCUGUUGCAUGUUGUUGAUUACCACUAACAAUAAUCCCAAUUUGUCCCAUAAUUCAUUCAACUAGGUUUAUAUUAAAUGCUCUUACAAAUGAACAAAUUGCUGUAAUUGUCCAUUUAAACCACACUCAGAACUAAAAGACACUGAGAAGAACUGCAAACUGUGUCUUCAAACACCACAUAAAUCAUCUUGAAAUGAAA